UGGUGUUGAUCGGUCGUCGUACGGUUCUACGGAGGCUGGAAGUCGUUGGAAAGGUCGUGUGGGAAGUUGCGCCAUCUGUUGCGGGACUUGGGAUUCUCGAACGCGGUUUCAAUUGAGCAGGGACCGAGGAAAAAUUUCAGCAAAAGUAGUCAAGAUGUCGUCUCUUUCCCGACGCGCCUGCUACAAGUGUGGUAAUGUUGGCCAUUAUGCCGAAGUCUGCACUUCCUCCGAGAGGUUGUGCUACAACUGCAAGCAACCAGGCCACGAAUCAAACCAGUGCCCUAUGCCACGUACAACGGAGACGAAACAAUGUUACCAUUGCCAGGGGCUAGGACAUGUUCAAGCGGAUUGCCCGACCCUGCGCAUCAACGGCAGCCCUGCUACCGGUCGCUGCUACUCAUGUGGCCAGAUUGGGCACUUAGCUCGUAAUUGCCCUACUCCUAACAUGGGACCACCCACUCGUGGUCGUGGGGGUUAUGGUGGCUUCCGCCCGGGCUACGGUGUCACCAACAACAGGGCUGCGAUGUGUUACAAGUGUGGUGGACCCAACCACUACGCUCGAGACUGUCAAGCUCAAGCUAUGAAGUGCUAUGCCUGUGGCAAACUCGGCCACAUCUCUCGCGACUGCACUGCUCCAAAUGGAGGGCCGUUGAACGCUGCAGGCAAGACCUGCUACAAGUGCGGACAGCCAGGCCAUAUCAGCAAAGAUUGCACUUCCACCACUGAAACCAAUGGUUCGGCGGUCGCUGUGACGAACGGAACUCCUGCUGAUGCUCCUGCAGCUGCUCCUGCGGCGGAUGCCACCGAGGUCUCUACCACUGCUGCCCCCGCCGCCGCAGUUGCGUAGAGCACCCAACCUCAUUCCAUCCUGCACCACAGCAUAGCAGCUCAAAUUUCCUUGUUUUGUUCCUCGUCCUUUGCAUGUUGGUGUUUGAACUCCUCGUCGGAGCAAUAUCGACACACAGACAGUCCUUUCCGAAAUCUACGUCCCCUCAGCAUCCAGUUGUUAUUGUUUUUUUCUGUCCAUUAUCCCCCUUUUCAGCAAAUCAAACUUCCCGUCACGUUUACGAUACCACGGAGGCUGCUAUGCCUUUGAUUCCUUUUUUUUGGCAAUACGCAUCGAAUCAUCGACGCCCCUUUUUGGCGUUCACGACCCUUCACACGACGAACAACCACUGCAAGACUUUUCACGAUACAAAACCGGCAAGGCAGGAGAAUGGGAUCAUCGACCACGAGAGAGAGUAAAUCGGAACAUGGACCAGUCUGAAACUUGCGGCAAAAUUGAACGAACAUGACUCCAGGAUUUCACACGGAUCACCCCCAUUUGACGGUUUCAUCUCCGGCGUUUUUCUGACGAAGAUCAUCGAAUCUUGCUUUCCAAUGCGCUACACAACGAAACGACUUUCCUUGGCUUUUCUCUACGAUCGGAACACGCCACCGUUUGCAAAAAGGAUCUGAUUGAGAGGAAGUUAGACCACGCUUUCUGACGUAACCCCAACCGACUAGCUGGAGGGAUAAGAUAGCAUACGGAGCGAAGCGGGCAGUGGACGGCAACGGAAGAAGUGAAAGCGAGGCAGACUGAGCGGGAGACACUGAGUUGUGAGAGUUGGAGGAGAACGGGAGCCUGAGCGAGUUGAGGCAAUAGACCGGGUUGGGAGGCAAUGAGUGACCCUUCGAUGAGAUCGAUGGUUGCUUGGAGCACACGAAAGAAGAGCACACACCCAAAAAGGAGAAUCAAGGUUGGCAUCUGCAACUUGUGGGCCAUCUUCCUCAGCAUCAUCAUCACCAUCAUAUCCCCUUUUAUGAGAUUUUUGCCACUUAAUGAGAGAGCAUCGCUAUGCAUAGUGCGGAAUGCAGCUAGGAUUUAUUGGACUCUGCCCGACUUUUCUUUUGCGCAUUGAGCAUUGACAAGUAGUGCGAGACAGAACCUCGUCGGUCGAUAACUUAGCUGGACCCGCCGACAACGAAAGCGACGGUGUGACCGAUUUCGAUCACUGAAGACGACCAAGUUUUGUAGAGGCUUGACGCGAACGGCUCAAGCAAUCCUCAACCACCUUGCCUCUCGAGCGAAUUCCAGAUCCCCUGGUUCGUUUCAGUCUCCAAGCUGAGCAGCCGACGGAAGCGUCCUGAC